UUAAAAAGAAUUAGAGUAAAUGACAAAUUUACACCAUGUGCUUUACCUCUGCUAACACGUUUACACUCUGUUUUAUUUAAGUCGUCAUCUCCGGCGAUGUUCCGACCGUUCCGACGAUAUUCGACCACCGGAGCAAAACUUGCAACUCGUCUCUAAACUAACCGGGUUCAUGCUUGCCUAGUCGAACCUAUAACGUAUGUGCAUUGCUCAGUUCAGCCGUCUCAUCCCAAACCCAUGACUCGUUUGCAACCAACCCUACUCGAAAUACCAUGAACACACAAGAGAAAUACCGACGAUAGAGGUCAGAUGGACGUUCAAACUCUCUGGCGAGUCUCUAAGGCCAUAGACAACAAAGAUAGAGUAGUUUACACGCCAUACGAUGUAACUCCGACGUGCUUCCGACUCGGUCCUGGUGACACCAGGUUUUGCUCCGGUUUGCACCCCUAGUUGUUCCCAAGCAAGCAAGUUACAAUGUGUCAAAAACUCAAAAUGUUAGGAAUCAAACUCGUGAAGCAAAUCUAUGAAAACAAACAAACAAACCGCAAACAUGGCGAGAGAUAUUUCAGGAAAUCAAAUUUGGGGUUCGUUGUCAUCGUUCAUCGAACACCAAUGAUUAUUACAGACCCAAUAUGGAUUUCACGUAUCAUCACUCCAACAUUAUCCCCUUUUGAAACCUUCUCAUUCUCUGUAUCUUUUCCUUUAAUCAUAUCAUAUACACAUAUAUACAUACAUUACAUUGUGUGUGUAUGAUUUUAAUUGAUUGAUUCUUGGGUGCACAUAAGCUGUUCGAUAAAAGUCCUCAAAGAGAAAUGGGGGCUUUUAUUAUUAUUCCAGCAGCCGUGUUGUUGUUGUUGUUACAGGGGGUGGUUGUUGUUUGUAGUUUUCCGGUGACUUUGAAACUUGAAAGAGCUUUUCCACACAAUAAUAAUAAUAAUAAUCUGAAUCUGGUGGAGUUGAGAGAUAGAGAUUACUCAAGGCACCGUAGAUUCUUGCAGCAAGCUUCUUCAAAAGAUGUUAUUGAUUUCUCUCUUCUAGGCACUUAUGAUCCUUAUCGUGUUGGGCUUUAUUACACAAAAGUCAAAUUGGGUUCUCCUCCAAAGCAAUAUCAUGUACAAGUUGAUACAGGAAGUGAUGUAUUGUGGGUCAAUUGCAAAGAUUGCAAAGGCUGCCCUACAUCUACUGGACUCAAAUUUCGAAUUGCGUCGUAUGACCAUUCAAGUUCAUCAACAUCUUCUGUAAUCUCUUGUUCAGACAAAAGAUGUUCUAUCGGAAUCGAAUCUGGUGAUGCAAAAUGUUUAAACAACCGGUGCACUUAUAAAUUUAACUAUGGAGAUGGUAGUGCAACGUCAGGAUAUUAUGUGUCCGAUUUACUUCAUUUGGAAAUGUUGUCUGAUAAUACCAACCAGUCGUCAAAUGCUUUAUCCACGGUUAUGUUCGGUUGCAGCACAUCUCAAUCUGGUGAGUUAUCUAAGCCUGAUAGAGCGGUUGAUGGAAUAUUCGGGUUUGGUCCACAGGGUUUAUCUGUAAUUUCGCAACUUGCUUCACAAGGAGCAGCCCCGGAUGCGUUUUCUCAUUGUCUUGUUGGUGAUGGUGACGGCGGUGGUAUUUUGGUACUUGGUCAAAUCACGGAUCCAAACAUGGUCUAUUCGCCACUUGUCUCAUCAGCGCAGCAUUAUAAUCUACAUCUGCAAAGUAUUUCUGUUGAUGACAAAACAUUAUCAAUUGAUCCAUCGGUUUUUGAAACGUCACACAACCGAAAAGGAACGGUAAUUGAUUCUGGAACAACUCUUGCAUACCUAGCAGAAGAUGCCUAUGAUCCUUUCGUAACCGCUAUUACAAAGUCUGUUCCUCAUUCUGUUGAGGCUUUUGAUGCAAAGGAAUAUAAGUGCUAUAUAACUAAGGAUAGUAUCUCUAAGGUUUUUCCGAAUGUGAGCUUUAAUUUUGCGGGUGAUGCUUCUAUGGUUUUAAAACCCGAGAGCUACCUUUUGAGACAGAAGACUGUGGGUGACAAGACAGCAUGGUGUAUUGGAUUUCAGAAGGUUAAGGGUCAAGGACUCACAAUUUUAGGAGACAUGGUUUUGAAAGACAAGAGUGUUGUUUAUGACUUGGGCGGUCAACGGAUUGGAUGGGUUGACCAUAACUGUAAAAAGCUGUUUAAUGUGUCUACUAAAUCAAGCGGUCGCAGAAGGAUCUCAAAUGCUAGUCCUAUUGAUUAUAGAAACUCGCUACGUAGUACACUUUAUAAGUUGACCCCCAUCAUGAUUUUUGCUUUCUUGCUACAUUUGUUGUAGUUUUUCCAAUGGAAGUAAUCUUUAUUUACUUUUGGAUUGUUUAGCAUACACAAUGUUUAUGUCGAUAGUAACACGAGGUCGGUUUUUGUUCUUAGCAUAGGAAGGAACACACACCCAUAGAACACCAUGUAGAGAGUUUAGACAUAUGUGUAUGUAAUACAGAUAUUAAGUCUUUACAUUGUUGUAAAGUGUAAAGUUAUAGCUUUGAUUACAAA